CAUCCGUUGCGCUCACCACAAGAAUAAAAUCCCCUACCACGACAAGCAUCCAGUUGUUCACGUCACGACACUACCUUGACUACCCCAGUCUAUCCGCCCUCAGUUGCUCGCCAUGGAUUUCGUCAAUAGUCUCGAAGGCCGCCUGCUCUUUGCCGUCCCAAAGAAGGGCCGUCUCAACCACGCUACGCUUAACCUCCUUGAGGGCGCCGACAUCCAAUUCCGUCGCGAGAACCGCCUCGACAUCGCCCUUGUCAAGAACCUCCCAAUUGCCCUCAUCUUCCUCCCCGCCGCCGAUAUACCUACCUUUGUUGGCGAAGGCCGUGUCGACCUUGGCAUUACCGGAUGGGAUCAAGUCGAGGAGCACGAUGCUGGUGUCCGUGAAUACAACCACGCACGUCGGAGCUCUGUAGAUGUGGCGACCACUGGAGACAAAAUUGCCGGAAGUGAUAAGGUUAUGGAGCUGGGCUUCGGUGCCUGUAAGCUUCAGGUUCAAGUCCCUGAGAAGGGCCAGUAUGUCACAGCUAAGGACCUCAUCGGCUGUACCAUUGGCACUAGCUUUGUGAGCCUGGCAACAGAGUACUUUGCCCGGCUCGAGGCGGGCGAUGAUUCCCAGGGCGGCGUUUCCCCUCGGAAGAUGCGGACCAAGAUCAUUGAGUUGAGUGGCAGUGUCGAGGCCGCGUGCGCCUUGGGCGUUGCGGACGGCAUUGUCGAUCUGGUCGAAUCCGGUGAAACCAUGAGAGCCGCUGGUCUCAAAGCCAUUGAUACCGUCGUCGAUUCCCAGGCGGUGCUCAUCAAAUCGAAAUCGCCAUCUAAGCCUGAGCUGAUCGACCUCAUUACGUCGCGCAUCAAGGGUGUCAUCACUGCCCAGCGCUAUGUGCUCUGCCAGUAUAACAUCGAGCGAAAGUCGCUGGGCGAAGCGACUAAGAUCACCCCCGGUAAGCGGGCGGCGACGGUCACGACUCUUGAUGAGGAAGGUUGGGUUGCGGUGAGCUGCAUGGUGGAGAAGAAGAAGAUCGCUCUUGUCAUGGACGACCUCACUCGCAUCGGCGCCCAGGAUAUCUUGGUGCUCGAUAUUCACAACGCCCGAUAGGGUAUCUGCCAAAUGGCUGGCGUUUCGCGUGGACAUAUUGGCAUGGGAACUAGGGUGCUGGACAAAGAAAAUAAAGGAUAGAGUCAAAAGGAGGAAGCGGGCUGAGGAGGAGACGUUGAGUCGCUACGUGAUGGUGCCAUGGUAAUGAGGUAUCCCGUUAGAAGUUAGACAUGUUAAGUGAGGCUUUGCACGUUAGUUGCAGUGUUCGAAAUAAAACAUUGAAUAAACAACAGCAAAGGUGGAAUGCACUCACUGCGCCGCCCAUGGCGCAGCUUCCGGUGCUUCCAUCGUGAUGG